AUGAUGAAAAACAGUCGCUUUUUGUUCUUCUCCAUUUUUUUUUAUUUGACACGGAAUAGUAGCUUGGAACUCAGUUGGAAAAAUACAAAGAUAAUUUCUUUUCAAAAUAUUAAUGAAAAAAAUGAAGAAAAUGAAAAGAAAAGAACACGCAUGAGAGAAAUGGAUAUUAUACCUGAGAUUGAUGGAGAUACAUGUGUAAUAUUUUCAGCUAUAGAGGGAGACCCCCAAAAUUGCUGGUGCCCCCGAGGAUAUAUCAUGUGUAGUGAAGAAGACGUUCUUGAUUUGCAAACAAAACUAAGUAAAAUAAAAGACAAAAACGAAAGGAGUAAGGUAACUCCAUCAUGGAUUAAAAGGCUUUGUGAUAAUUCAAAAGAGAUAGGUUUUAAAAGUAUGUCUGUAGUCAUAGAUUACGAACUAGCUGUUAUUUGCAAAGAUGAACAUGAUAACAAAAAUGCGGAUUUUGAAAUAAUCGGAGCGUCUGGUUAUAUUACAAAUGAACAUGUUAUUGAGGAAAUGAAGAAAGAUUUAACAUAUGUCCCUCGUAAAUGUACUGUUAAUAAUUUUUAUUUAUGUAGAAAAGUUGAGAAUGACAAUGUGAACUGUCAGUAUGGUCCCUGGUCGAACUGGAGUGCAUGUGAUGGUAAAAAACAAAGACGAACGAGGAAAGUUUUACGUUCUAACCAAAACAAUGACAAUUUUUGUCUAUGGAAUGGAAAAAAAAUUCCUCGUAACAUAAUUGAAGAAACACGGACGUGCAUGCAGAAAUAG